UACUUAAAAGUUACACAAACAUUUCACGGUUUUGUAACGCAUGCAUUAUAUUCAGUUUGAUUGCUGCUCGCUAUAUUGAUUCACUCGUGUCAUCUUAGAUUUAUCAGACUGAACAAACCGAACACUGAAACAUUAUUUUUAUCUGGGGGGAAAAAGAAUCGAGGUAUUUUUCUUGUAAAUUGCGCUACCAAGACAGACGACAUACUCGUUGAAAUGAGGUCAGCCCAUCAUGAAAAUUAAUUAAAACCAAGAUUUCAUUUUAAUGAAGUAAGAAGAUAAAAGCGCAUCGGAUUUUUUUACCAAACGUCUAGACGCGCGCGGUUCUGGUACUUGUAGUGACUACAAAAGAAGGGCGCGCAUUGUAAAUAUGGAGUUGAAUUCUGUGAUUUUCACCACUGGAGCAUCUGUGGGAUUUUUUAAAUUAGUAAACUAUGGGUUCGGCAAACUUCCAGUACCCGAGACGGCCCAGAGAAACACUUGGAAGUGGAGAAACAUCUUAACGUCUUUUGUACACAGCAUCAUAACUGGAGUAUUGUCUGUGCUCUGUUUUUUUAUACACCCCAAGAUGGCUGAGGAUUUGAUAGAGACACACUCUGUUUUAUCACACGCCUUGGUAGCUGUAUCAAUCGGGUAUUUUAUUUAUGACUUUCUCGAUAUGGUUCUGAAUCAGAAGAUAGGUCAAUCAUGGGAGCUACUUUUCCAUCAUGCAGUGGUGAUCACCUGUUUUGGGAUCUCGGUGCUAAGCUGUCAGUAUGUGGGCUUUGCAGUCGUGGCGCUGCUGGUGGAGAUCAAUUCCAUCUUUCUGCACCUCAGGCAAGUUCUGCGCAUGGCAAACCUGGCCAAAACUACGCUGUACCGCAUCAACAGCAUGAUAAACCUGGGCACGUACGUGGUGUUCCGCAUCAACACUUUGGCCUGGAUGACCCGCUGGCUAGUGCUAAACCGUGAACGCAUCCCCCUGAUCAGCUACACCAUCGGCAGCGUGGGUUUGGCCAUCAUGACCGCCAUAAACAUUGUGCUGUUUUACCGGCUAAUGAGAAGCGACUUCAUGAAGUCCAGCCGUGAGAAGGAAGUGAAGAAGGAUAAGGAGAUGUAGACAGAAAUGUUUUGCCAUCCUCAACUACUCCCACUUCAGCUCCAACCAAAUUCACUACCAUUCCUUUGGGUUGCAAGCAUCUGAUUGGACAGGUGUCCGUCGUUUUAUAUCAUUAGAAACCGUUAUAUUGAUAUCAUUCUGCUGAUCCUAGUCAUUACAUACUGGCUGACUAGAUCAGAAGUCGUAGCCAUUUUGACUCCAUCUUAUGCAGACCUCAAGCUGUGCAAAGACAUUUUAUGGUGGCUGUUGUCACAUGUUUACAUGCUCGGAUACUUCUGCAUUGAUAGACCGUCAUCAGUCUUAAACUUGUUAUUCAAAGGAACUGGAUUUACUCUUGUUAUUAUUAUCUAAUUAUAUACUAAUGUUCAUCCGCCCCACUCAAUUUAUAAAUGAUGCUAUCUACUAAAUAUAAACAAGGAAUCAGCUGAAUAGGAAUAGAAGCAUGUGAUUAUAAAACAAAUAUAAUAUAUUUAUCCAAGGUAAAUUUACAAAAGACCAUAAGUUUGUUUAUUUAUUAUAAUUGCAGCUAAGCUGAAGAUGUGUUUGGCCUUCUUACACUUACACCUGAUACCUCAUGAACUUGUAGCUUGGGGCAGUUAGUAUCACUAGGUAUAAUCCUUUAUGCAGAUGUUGCAUCUGUUUAAAUGAGACAGAGCAGGUUUCUAUUUAUUUUUUCAUUACUUACUAGAAAAUAAUACAGUUAAAUGCAGUGAUCAUGGAUAGGAAGUACCCAGUGUUUUUGUACUGUAUGACUAAAUAUGGUCAACUUGACUGUAAUCUUGCCCUGUGGAUAAAUAUCACUUAUUUUCGGUUAAUAUGCUAAAGUGAAGGAUCUAAUAUCAGUGCUGGAGCCAUCACCAUAAAUACCAGGAUUAAAAACACUCCUGUUGAUUUGUGUGGUCAUCUUUAAUGAAAUAAUACGUCUGAGAAUUGAGAUCUUAAAGCUCCUGUAUGGUUUGAGAGGCAAAAGACUGUCAUUACAUUAGCCGGCCUGUAGGUGACACUACAAACACACAACAGUGACCUCAUGUUAGCUUCUGCUAAUAUUUAAUCUAUAUGAAGGUAAUGGCUAAAGCUUCACUUAUAUUAAAUUAAAAUGUGCUGUAAGUUUGAAUAAACCUGUAUUUUGUACAUUUUGUACGUUAUUUUACUUAUUGUCAGUGAUAAGUUGCUGUGGUUUAGCAAAAAAGAUAUUUACCUUUUAAAAACACAAUGAGAAUUGGCAGAACACUGUUUUGUGCAAAAUGAUGUUGUGAGUGGUAAACAAAGAAUAGCCUGAGGUAUUUGUAUAGCCUUUUUCUAAUUCCAUCAAAGUCUAACCAUUAUUUGAUUGGGUGGGUGUGGCUUCUUUGUACAGUGGGAAAACUGUAACCACAUGUAGCAUCACCGACUUGUGCCACAAAACUAUUUAUUUAAAAGCAACAUCAUAAGGUUGUUUUAUUCAGAUUUACCUAAAAUUCUUAUAGAUUGACAGAGGGUUUUGCAAGAUGAUGAUGAUAAUAAUGCUUAAUUUUAAUCACAUUAAACCUUUUCAGGCACCCGACAAGUUAAAAUAUAAGUUGAGUGCUGAAAAAAGGUUUGCACUGAAGUUGUACAGUUUUUAAGCUAAUUCAAUAUUGGCAGCUUCACUACCACAAUGAAUGAAUGAAAUAACAGAAAUAGCAUGUGCUUAUAGGAUAAAUUGUGUCAUUGUUUGUACAUUGAGAGAAAACCAUAUGAUGACUUUUUUUGAUCAUUUCAGUAAUAUGUUUAUAUUUUAUGUGUUGUGUUUGGUGAAAGAUAUGCUACUGUUAUGUUGUGAAUCAGAUAUUUGAGCAAAAAGUGCUGUGUCAAAAGCCCCAUGUAGUUAGAUUCUCUAAAAACAAAAGGUUUAGCACCAGUCAAGCACCUGUGUAGAACCAUAUGGGGGCCAUAUAGCACCAAAUAUGGUUCUACAUAGCACUAUGUGGUUCUACACAGGUGCUUUACCGGUGCUAUGGCACUAAAAACGGUUCUUCUAUGAUUACGAGUAAAGAACCACUUUUGGUGCUAUAUAGCACAGUUUGUUUUUAGAGUGUAGUGUGUUAAAUGAAAACAAAACUACACAUAAAACUUUCUAGUUGUGUGAAGAGCAAAGUCCCUGAAAAGCAAAAUGAAAGGAAAUUUUUACUUUUUUAGUCUCUGGCUGUUUUAAAUUUGUUUAAUUUCAGUUUGGGUUUUAUACAAUUGUCUAAAAUGUAAAUAUAAUAUUUUAUUUUUGUUUGGAUGAAUUUUGAGUUUUGUAAUUAAUAUAAAAACAAUCUGUAUAUGACCUUUAUAUUGGUAAUUGUGAAAUAAAAUAUUGUUAACACUGUUA